AUGACUACUCCCAAGAAUUAUAAUGUUAUUCUUGAAAAAGAAUCCCUUGAACCGACCCUUCUUAAUAUCAAUCCUGAGGAAAGAAAGCUUGAUACCCCUAAAUGCAUGCCAAAAAAGGCCAAGAAAACCAAUAAAGAGUCAGAGGGGAAAAGCAUUACCAUAGACCUGGAGGUGAACAAUUAUGAUAAUGAAGGGAAAAAAUUGAUGGAUGAGGGAAAGAUUGAGAGCAGUUCAGAGGAGGUAGAUCACUCGAAAGAUAACUUAGAAGAUGAGGACUUCCAGGUGAAAGAAGAUGAACCUGAAGUAAACCAUAAUGAUGAAAUGGAGGAAAUGGAUGAAGAAGAGGAGGGGGAGGAAAAAGAGGAAGGGGAGGAUGAGAGUACCAACACUGAAAGUGAACCGGAGGCCCUGCUCAAAAGCCUUGUCCACCCCAACAUCUCUGAAGAUGAAGAUAUGGUGUUGUGUUCUCCUAUAUCUCCUGUGUAUGAUGAUAGUAGUAAUAUGGAAGGAAUUAAGAAAAAUAUAAAGAAAGUGGCCAAGCAAGGAGUGAAGGAGCUAGAUGAGGAAGGGGAAAUGGACUAG